AUGAUUAAAAUUAUCUUAUUGAUAUCAAGUCUUUUUAUUUUGAAUAGCUACUAGGCUUCUUAAUAAAUUGGAACAUUUUUUACAGAGACUACAUUUUCAUCAAGUCAAGGUAUAUUAAUAAAUAAUUUAAAAAAGGAUGGGGAAUAAUUGGAUCAUCAGCUAUUUAUGAUACACAAAUGGGUAAAUCAGUUUUUGGAGGAAAAAACGGUUUUGCAGUUGGAACAACUAUUUACAAAUUAUUGGAGAUCCCUUAACCUCAUCAUACAAUAAGAAUGAAACUCAGAAUAUGGGCGUAAGAUUAGUUAAAAAAUAAAAUAGGAUCAAUAAAUGGGAAAGUGAAUAUAUUAUCGUUAAGGCUGAUGGAGUAGUGGUAAAUAAAUAAUUAGUACAUUCUGGUUUGACUAGCAAUUUUGCUUAAUUUUUAUUUUAAGAAAUCUUUUUUUUCCAUUCAGCUCCAUCUAUUAUAAUAGAAAUUACAUCUACUUUGGAUGAAGCAAAUAACAAUGUAUUUUUAAUGUUUUAAUUAUUAGGAAUCAUGGGGAGUAAGAGAUAUUGAUAUAUAAGCAAUCACAUGUCCAGUUGGAUGUGAUUUAUGUAGUUACUCAGAUACAUUGGAUACAUGUCCAAAAUAUUAAUUGUAAACCUCUAAUUUUGCUACAAGUACAUUUACAACAAAUCAAGGAUGGGUUGUAUAAGAUUCUGUUGUAUAAUAAUUGUUUUGUGAUAGUAAUCAAUUGAAUUAAUAACAUAGAGAUUUUGAUGUUUGGUUAUUUUCCAACAGGUGUUUCUAUCUUUAAGAAAUUUUAUUUGCCAACUACAUUUUAUAAAGUAAAAGUUAAAUUUCAAUUUUGGAAAAUUGAUGCUAUUAGCACUUCUAUUUCUCAUGCUCUUUAUGCAAAUGGUGAUAAUAUAUGGAACUUUGACUAAACUAAAACUAAAACAUUAAAUAUAUGUUCACUUGGAUCAAAUGAAGAAUAUGUUAAUGUUGAUAUUGAAUUUGAAUCUAAUUCACAAUUAAUAACAUUUUAGUUUUAUUCUGAUUCAGCUGCAGGAGAAUAUUAUGGAAUAAGAGAUUUUUAUAUAUAUGCUUUACUUUGUGAAGAUUAAACAAUGUUGUGUAUUAAUAGUCCAACUGAAAUUGUUACAAAUCCUGAUAUAAUGGACUUUUAAUAAAGUGUUUCAGAUUUAGUAGCUUCUUUUUCAAGUAGUCUUCCAUCUGAAUGGUCAUCUUAUUAAUCAUUCUCUGCAACACCUAGAAUCUCUGUACCUAAAUGUACAGAAGCAUCAGUUCCCAUUUAAUAUAUGGCUUUGUAUGAUACAUUGUAUAAAGAUUUUACUUUAAAUAUUCAUAAGACACUUAAAAUGAUAUUUUAUAUGUAUUCUCAAUCUAAAUAAAAUGAUGUCCUUUUAUAUGUAGAUGACAAUCUAGCAGAUACAAUUUAAAUUGGAUAUAGUUCAAAUGAUGUUAAUUGUGCAGGAUCUGCCUCAGGUGAUAAAUAUGAAGAAUACACUCUUUAUGCAGUUGAAGUGGAUCAUACUUCAUUAUUAACUAGAAUCUCAUUUAAAGGACGUACUUAUACAGGUGGAAAUUUCUUAUAAGGAUUUAAUAAAUUUGAAAUAUACACAGGUAAUUGUGAUUGUGAAAUCUGUACUGAUUCAGGCACAUGUGCAACAGUCUAUUCUUUAGUUGAUAUUGAUUUUGCUUAAGAUACUCUUACAGAUAAUGAGAAAUGGCAACUUAUAACAUAUAGUAUCUAAGCUACAACUUGUAAUACUAAGGAAAUCCUAGGAGGUUAUAAUGUUAUUAGUAAAGCUUAACAAGUUAGAGCCUUGUAUAAAUCAUUACCAACACAUUUGUCAUUGAGAAUUCAGAUGAAUAUAUAUUUCCUUAGUAAUUGGAUAAACACAGAAUAUCUGGUUAUCACUCUUGAUAAUGUAGAAGUUUGGAGACAGAAAGUUCUUUAAACAAAUUAUGCAUCCCAACUUUGUUCUGCUGGUGGGGCUACUUAUUAAGUUGUCGAGAUAGAUUUAUAUGUAAGUCAUGCUUAAUCUGAAUUUACUUUAAUAUUUAAUAUUGAAUCAGGAAGUGGAGAUGGUAUAUAAUAAUAAUUUAUUAAUAGAAUAUUGGGGAGUAAGAGAUUUUAUAGUUUCAACAUCAAAUUAAAUAAUAAGUUGA